CCACAAUUUUCAGAUACCAGUGUCAAGUGACAGUCAGGCACCACUUGCCAGGCUGGCUACGGAACAAUUCUGACAUUAUAAUGUUGUCGCGGUUAAUAAUAGGCGACAUCAAAUAUAUAUUGGUAUAUAUGAGCGUUGGCUCUUUUAUGUGGUGUGUGCGGUAAUGUGCGCGCCUGAUUAUUAAUGUUUUUGUUUAUACUAGUCCGUACUGGGUUGUGGUUCAUAGACACCGCGCAUGACGUCAUCUGCUAUUUAAAUCACACAUGUUGCACGCGAGGACUGGCGUCUAGCGGUUAAACGCAGUGUAGUACAAAGUGUUCCUCUAAAAACGAAGGGGUGCUAAUCUGGCAUCUUCAUGAUCACGACCGUAUAGCCCAUAGACGAGAAUGAUACGAACAUGAUUAGUGACGAUGGCUUCUCCAGAAGCGAGGUCACCCAGCGGGAACCCAGAGGCAGGAGACCACUCUCAGAGAUGCUUCAUCUCCUGUCGGCUGUCAUUGUCUGGCUCGUCACAGGAACCACCAUCUCCAGUCUCAACAAAUGGAUAUUCGCUGUGUACAACUUCAGGUACCCGCUGCUGUUAUCCGCCCUGCACAUGCUGACAGCCAUCGUGGUGGACUAUGGGCUGAUCAAGCUGCGGACGUUCCGACACAAAGGCUCCGGAGGAGAGCCGGACCUGUCGCACAGCGCCCGCUGCAAGGUGUUCCUGCUGAGCCUGACGUUCUGCGCUAGCAUCGCCUUCGGCAACAUGGGCCUGAACUACGUGCAGCUGUCCUUCGCCCAAAUGAUCUACACCACCACGCCGCUCUUCACCCUGGCCAUCUCCACGCUGAUCCUGGGCAAGCAGCACCACAUCCUCAAGUACACCGCAAUGAUGCCCAUCUGCCUCGGAGCCUCAUUCAGCAUCAUGGGCGAGGUGCAGUUCGACCAGACCGGCUGCUUCUUCGUGUUUGCCGCCACUAUGUUGAGGGGCGUCAAGUCUAUUCAGCAAAGCAUCCUGCUGCAGGAGGAGAAGAUCAACUCGGUGUUCCUGCUCUACCUGAUGGCCAUCCCCAGCUUCUGCAUCCUGACGGUGGCGGCGCUGGCGCUGGAGAACUGGUCGCUGCUGGAGUGGCCGCGGCACUACGACGGCCACCUGUGGCUCUUCAUCGUGCUCAGCUGCCUGGGCUCGGUGCUGUACAACCUGGCCAGCAGCAGCGUGAUCGCCCUCACCUCGGCCGUCACCCUGCACAUCCUGGGCAACCUCAGCGUGGUGGGCAACCUGCUGCUCUCCCAGCUGCUGUUCGGCAGCGAGCUCACGGCGCUGAGCUACGCCGGUGUGGCGCUCACGUUAAGCGGCAUGCUCAUCUACCAGAACUCGGAGUUCCUCGGCGACUACAUGGACGCACGUAGCGCCGCCAAGGCCACGGCGAGGGCGAGGGCGAGGGCGGGGGGUCGGUGUGAAGACACGGAUGGGGAUGGGGGUGAGGGUGAGGGCUGCCGGGGGGAGGCGGAGAGGGACCGCGGGGCGGGGGAGGAGGAGGAGGAGGAGGAGGAGGAGGAUGGAGCUUCUUCUGGAGCGUCUGGGCUGACUGCGGCGAACCACAACACGGAGAGGUUAUCUCUGAGGACAGAGCGGGACAAGAUGGACUGAAGGGGAGGGGGAGGGGGAGGGAGAUGACGGUUUGAAGCGGGCAAUUGGUGGCUACCUCAGUGGGUGGUCUGGAUCUAGAGGACAAGGAGAGGGAUCGGGUUCUCAGGAGGCCAUUCAUGCUGAUGACGACAAAACCCUGUUUGGUUUUUUUAUUUGGUUUUUAAUUUUUUAAGGAUCUGAUUUUUUGUUUUUGUUUACUUUACACUGUGCCAAUGUAUUUAUUUUUCUGCAAUGGUGGCAAAUCACGAGAAACCGCAAUGAAGGGGGUUGGUGUGGGUGGAGAUGAUUUGUCCGGGGUCCUUCAGAAUGCUCUGAUGCCCGCAUAGCACACUGAACUGUUUGGUACCUCAUGAUGAGAUCUGUUAUACUAACCGCACUGUGAACGUGGAUGAACGACUCUAUUCGUCCACUGCUUCAAGCUUCUAUGGGUCUACACCUGAGGGAUAGACACAUCUACACGUCAGGGAUGGACAGAGCUGCAUGUCAGGGACAGACGGAUCCUGAAGUGAGGGACAGUUAGAGCUUUGCCUGACCAACAAAAUGGGCCCCUCUAUUUUAAAGUACUGUAUUCAAGGUACUGUUCAUUUCAGACCUGUGUGUGUGUGUGUGUGUGUGUGUGUGUGUGUGUGUGUGUGUGUGUGUGUGUGUGUGUGUGUGUGUGUGUGUGUGUGUGUGUGUGUGUGUGUGUGUGUGUGUGUGUGUGUGUGUGUGUGUGUGUGUGUGUACACAAAUGCAUCAGUUGCGUAAUUUACAAGAAGAGGUACAAGACAUUGUUGAUGUGUGGCCAGGGCGUCUCUUUUGGUGCCGGGAGUAACACGUGAUUUGCUCUGCUGCAGCUCAGAGGCCACAGAACAGCUCAGCACAGCUCCCCUCUUAAUGCAGACUAGUUAAGUUUCACGGCUUAAAAACCGUUUCAAAUAUGACUCCAAUUACUGACCUUUUCCCACAGUGGCUUAUUAUCUUUUAUUAUUAGACCGUAACACUCUAAGGAGUCUCAACUCCAUUUCCCUGCCCUCCUCCCUGUGGAAAAGAAGACAAGGGAGGCAGAGCUUGCGAAUGCUUCUGAGGAUCUAACCAAUGAGAGCCCAGCUUGUUGGUUUUUCUUAACUGCAGGUGCCUCUUCUAGUAGUCUAUAGUCUAAAUGUAGUCCUUGGUCUGUGCUGUCGCUGAAGAUAAGACAUGAACGUGAGACUGUUUUUGUUCACGUUCUAAAUUUUGAUGCAUAUAAUGCAUUUUUGUUUAUUUGAAGUAAAAAAAAUAAUGUUUACGAUGAUCUGGCCAUAAAAAUAACAGGAUAUAUAAGCUAAUCAAAUUGAACCUGCAACCUAUCUAAAACAUGCAGUAUAAUUAAAAGAAUAAUGUUUAAAGAUUAAGAUUAUUGAAGCUUAUGCUUUAACUUUUAUUACUGAAGAUCUGUCUAUUCUGCUUGAUUAAGGUUGGUCAAAGGUCAAAUAGCACAUAUGUUUCACACAGGGCUAGUGUAAAGAUUAUACAACAGGAUCCAGGAUGCUAAGGCAUCUAUAAGGAGCUUAAAUAAUAUUGCCGAUGAUAUUUCUGCCUUUUCCGGUAGGGGGUGCCAUAUAAAAGCUGAUGGUAUGAUCUUUUUUCAGCCACUAGAUGUCAAACCGAUGAGUGAGUUUUGACGUUUAAUAUCCACUGUAUUCAUUAUGACACAGAGGUCAAGUUCCCCACUGACAAGAGAGUCCUGGUUGUCUCAUUGGCCGAUGUGCCAGCUUCCUUCCUUCCCAUUGGUUUAGUAGUAGACACAGCGCUGGCAGGCUCCAUGUCGGGGAAGCUCUGAUGGCUUGUUGAAACAUGAUACCAGGAUGGUGACCUUCACAUUAUGUCCCAGCAUCCUAGCCACACCAGAUCACAUUAAGUACUGGCCACUCUCGUGACCCACUAGGUAUGGGGAAGAUGAGUCAUCACAAGCCAUUUAAAAGCCUAUCCACUUAUGACAUCACGAGUCGACUGAUGCAUGAUGGUUUGAUCCUCUCCAGCCUGACCGGUUGGUAGAGUCCGCAAAUGAGGGUGCAGUGUCUGUAACCCUGACCUUGGACCUGUCCAAUACACGUCUGGGUGCAUCCCACUAUGUGAUGUCACAAAUGGAUACUUUUAGCAACGGCUUGUGAGGUUACAGGAACCUCUCACCUGGUGGUAUAGUGGAAACUUGUAGCAUAUUCUGGGAGCAAUGUUGCCGUUAAAAAAAAAUACCAAUAAUAAGAGUAAACGGUUUUAAUACAAGAAAAUAACAUGUGAAAUAUACAAUGAAAACUAGAAUAAUGCCUCAGCUUUACAUGCUAUGGCCGUUGCAAUAAUACAUUAUUACUUAAUCAAGUGUCAACGAUUAGAGGUUGAAUGAUGUACAGGUUCUAAUGAUUUCCUCAAAUGUCAGGCUUGCCAAGUCUUGCCUUUUAGUUGAAUAAACACAUUGCAAUGGGCAGCCACUCACACAAAGCUUAACCGAAUGUAUACACUACUGCUUCAAUACUUUGAAACAGUGUUUUGUCUCUCUCUUUAAGAAGGAAUACUCAUUUCAACUGACUGCAACUUUAUGGCCACAUAGAGAUAAGGAUAUGCUACCGUUAUGAUACUCUCAUUAACUUGUUUUGGAUUGUCCUGUCAUUUUUUGAAUUGGUUUCGCAACUUGUGUUUUUGGUACAUGACGAUUGUGUUUGGCCAAGUCCUCCGUAGCAGCUAUGGAGAUCCAGCCUUCAACGCAUGUUCUGUGAUACGCAUUGUUUCAGUUUUCAACGUGGGUGUAUAUAGUUAUUUUAAUAUUUAUGUAUUUUACAAUAUGGCUGGCGCAAAUAUAAAAAAGUUAAACAAUG